AUGACGCAAAACACUGGCGCACACCUUACAACAUCGCGCAUCACUCGUCUAUUCAGGCCGCUCCGUGCGAAAUGUACUUCGCUCGCAGACCUCGCGGCGUCAUCGUCGCGAAAGACACACUCUGUAUCCAUAACAUACUCCAAACACUAUCGCGGGCUACCCCGCACAGCUUCUCUUGAGACAGAAGCGCCACCGCUAGCCGUCUUACAACCUCCCGAAAACCUAGGUUUGCGUAUACAUCUAGACAAAGCCAGCGUCGAGAAUCUGCAGCUAUCAAAAAAGAUAUACGAGGUGCGGGAUGCGUUCCGAAGCUUUGUUCAGGCGGUACUUGGCACUAGUGCCACGAAUGAACCUGCAAAGCCGACACGCAUUAUGGGGCUCGCUGCUAUGUGCGCAGUAAUGGUUGGGGAGAACAUACAAGGAGAAAUAGAGGCUCGCGAGCAUGAAGCGGACGCCACGGACGGGAGGGACGAGGAUAUUGCUACAGAGGUUAUGGACGAAUUGUACAACGCAGUUCCACCUCACUAUCGAAGCUUCAGCGUUGUUUCUCACGCACUUACCUUCGUUCUCGACACCUGCCCCCAUCAUCCCACUCUCCUGACAGCACUUCUCGAUGUCUGUCUGUCUCUCCAUCUCGUCCCGGAAUCCCAGCGUACUCUGCGCCUCCUAUUCCUAUCCGCUAUCACACCUUCCGUCACACAAUCUAUCACAUGUCCACUGUCCCAUCCGGCACACAGUAAUUACCUCACCUCCCUGCGCGCAACUUGCUGUACACCCAAUGCGCGGCGAGGGCAGCAUUGCCUAGACGAUUUCACAUUCACGCAGCUCCUGGUAGAAGCUCUAAGCAUGUCUGGACUGGGACGCGUUGAUGCCUGGACCUCCAAAGCUGUCGCACGCCUCGCCCGAGAGCUUCGCGCACAUAAUCUCUCGGCAUUCUUGCAUCUCUGUGCUGGCGUUGCUCAUAGUAUUGCAGACGGCGAAAAAAUCAAGGCAAGAUCAAAACGGAAGGGCUCCUCUCCAAUUGAACCCAUCUUCGAGCAUCGACUGAGGACCCGCUUGGCGCGCUGGAUCAAAGCCCUCCUAGAUCGUAUUUACGCUCGUUCCGCGGACCCUUCUGUCCCGGACAAUGGCGAGCUGGGCACAGGCGACCAUCACUCAGUGGUGAACUUUCUACUCUAUGCUGCAUCCUUUGACCUGCAUAAUCUACCUUCGACGCCUGCCGAAUCCAGCCCGGCCGUCUCCGAUACCCUGGUAUGCCUUGCGACAUAUGCAAUCGCGAAUCCUCCUCCCACCGCCCCAUCGGCUGAUCUGCAUGCCCUCGCCGACUUUCUCCGCACUGACAAACCAAAGCCAGAGACAUACGAUAUUCUCGUCUCUGCCCUCCUUUCUCCGCCUGCCGAGACUUCUCCCCUAUCGUCGGUAGUACCAACGCCGAGUUCAACUCCCCCUCCUCUCUUCCCUACACCUCCUUCCUCUCAGCAAUUAGCCCCACAGCACACCGUGAUGCAGACUCUGCGCACGUACGCAGACACGCUCCGUAUGCGCAGACUCUCGCUACACGAGGCUUCGCUGUGGUCGACAGCUCUCCGCCAUGUUGAGGACACUCUCCUUCGUGCCCGCGCCCUUCCGCUUCUUACGGAACGCGAAGACACCGCGAGCACCUCGCCCGAAAGCGAGAUGGAUGCACUCAGAGCACAGCUUGUUGCGCGUGUCGAGAGUGCUGAGGCGCGGUACUUUGGUGCGCAGAAUCAGAUGCAGAACGUAAAUCCUCAGGCUGUUCGGCAAUCAGGGAAUGGUGCACCUGGAAGCGAAUUUGUCUGGGAGGAGAUGGUGGGCUGCUGGGUGCAGCGCUCGCCGCAGAUUCUGAAGCGAGGUGCAGGGCGAGCAGCGAAGCGACGGAAGCUCGAACAUCAUUCCAACGUUGGAGAAGAUGAGGUUCAGGAGAGGGUGCUACGCUCACAGUCGCGUGCACGGCCAAGUCAACGUAAUCUUACUGGCAGGAGUUCGUUGCCGGGGUUUAGCACAAGACCGCCCACGGUUGCCAGAGGUCGGCCGUCGAUGCCGCAAGUCAACCUUGAGGCGGAUCCUGGGUCUGACGAUCUCGACACUAUCCCGCGCUCCCGUCCCUUUUUCCAACGACGACCGCGUGUGGCGUCUCUUGCUCUGGUAGCGAAGGGUGACACUGGCGACAUUCAUGUUACGGCGCCGCGCUCUCAGCUGGCAGGCAGAACACGUCUCGCUUCUCCACCUCUGUCUGAGGAAGAAGACGAGCGCAGCGAUAUGACAAGCACACCUCGCCCUAGGUCGAAAGGCAAGCAGCGUGCUAUAUCUCCAUCUCUGGUACCUGCAGAGGAAGACGGCGGAGACGCGCCUUCAGGGGCACUGCAAGACGCUGACCGUGCUACGCUGCCUACGCGCCGGGUCACGAAUUUUGGGACCAUCGUCGCCGAUGCCCUCAUGAAUUGUAUUGUGCUGCAUCCGGAACGUAAACGAAAGCCACAGGCACCACAGAGGAAGUCUGAGGUGCUGAUGUACCGGCACGAGUCCCCUAUCAGCCCUCCGCGUCCACGACCCUCCUUGCCCUCCUCACUCGGUGCACGCGUCGUGAAGCCGAAGUCUAGAGUCUCGCAACUCAAAGCACCCGGAAAGCGACCGGCUCGCAGGACCAUGUCUGACGUUCGGGGUUACGCUCGCCUAACGCCACCUCCUGAUGACCCUCUCGACGAUGCGCAUGGAGGAAUCUGCGACCCGGAUCAGCUGUCGUCGGACGACGCAUUAAAUCUGUUUGCCUAUCAAGAAUGA